AUGCCGUUUAUCUGGUAUUACCUCUGCGAGAUCUUCUACUGCUUUGUGAUUUACUUCAUCAAACUAUCCAUUCUCUGGCUUUACCUCCGUAUCUUUCCGAAGGGGGUAUUCCACAGAUGCGUCAUUGCCACAAUGGUCUUCGUCACUCUAUCCGUGGUUAUCCUGAUUCCAAUGGUAAUUUGGCAAUGUGUCCCGAUCAGCGCAAUCUGGGAUCUAAAGCGCAAUGCCGCGCAGUGCCUUAGCAUCUCAGGAGUGGCCUACGCUAAUGCGGCUCUCAAUGUUGCCACCGAGAUUGUGAUAUUAAUUCUUCCUAUACCUCUUGUCUACAAGAUCCGUGUCUCAAAAUCCACAAAGUUCGCUCUAUAUGCACUUUUCAGUGCAGGAAUUUUGUGA